UCCUUCCACUCCCACCCCUCUCUACCCUCCACCAUCCUCCGUCUCCUUCGCACAUCUUUUGCACUCCGUUCUACCCUCGCCAUGUCAUCGUCGCCGUCGUCGCCUGCAUCGAACAACCGCUGGAGCGAAGCCUGGGAGGCCGGGCGAACAGGGUGGGACCUGGGCGGGCCGACGCCUGCGCUCACGGCGCUCCUUGCCGCUCCGCCGGCUGGCGUGGUGCUGCCAGACUCGGGUGCUGCGCUGGUCCCGGGUUGCGGCGCCGGAUACGAUGUGCGUGCGCUGGCGACCGCCCUGCCGGGCCUGGACGUGGUCGGUGUUGAUGUGGCACCUCUGGCCAAGGACGCCUUUGACUCCCGUGUCAACGGCGGCGCCGAGCGAGUUGAAAACGCACAGGUGGUGCUCGGCGAUGUGUUUGCGGUCGGGAGCGCCGAUGCACCCAAAGGCGUGCCGGAUGCGCUGCAGGUUGCGAGCAAGACCGCGCUUGUCUACGACUACACCUUUCUGUGUGCCAUCGAGCCCGAGGACCGCGCGCGAUGGGCGGCGCUCAUGGCGCGGGUGCUCGAGCCCGGCCGCGGCCGGCUUGUUGUUCUCAUCUUCCCGACUGAAGAGCCCGGCCGCGGCCCGCCGCCGUACCAGAUUGUGCCCGAUGACGUCGAGGCUCUACUCACUCCGCACGGCUUUGAGUGCGAGCACCUGGCUCCCGUCCCUCACGACGUGACCGAGGCAGAGUGGCGCAAGGGCAAGGAGGUGAUGUCGGUGUGGAAGCUGCGCGCGUGAUGGCUGGGCGCUCGGCUUUUACUUGGGUGCCGGAGGCUCUCUUGCCUUGGACAUGGCCAGCAGUUGGUCUGAGGUGAGGCAGGCGAGCGCGUAGAGGUCAAACAGCUUGCGGAUUGACGGCACGACCCGGAAGCGGUAAGGUGCAACCUGAUGCUCGAUCAUGCCAGAAAUCUGCUUGCCAAGCAUCUCGAUCUUGGACCAGUUGACUAGGCCGGGGCAGUCGCUGAUAAAGGUCGGCAUGUUGUCGAUGUAGGUAAAGUCGGAGAGGUAGA